AGGUAGGACACAUGAGGAGGUAGUGGGGUGCAAUGAAAAAGGGAAGGGAAGGGGGGUGGGAUUGGAAUGAGUAUACUAUACAUGUUGUUGUGGUGUGGAUGAAGAAGACACCUCACUGAAUUAAAUUAACCAGGGAAAACCCACUCUUGCUCAUUUCCCUUCUCUUUCUCAAAAACACCAAACCCCUCUUUUUUUCUUUCUAUCAAACACAGUGCGUGCUUUUUUGUUCGUGUUCUUGUUCUUUCGUUCUCCUAAUUGUUUCGGUUUAUGAGUGAAUGAAAUGGGGGACAAGCACCAGCAGCACCAGGAAGACAGCAGCGAUUUCACCUCCGAGGACGAAGGCACCGAAGAUUACCGCCGCGGCGGCUACCACGCCGUCCGAAUCGGCGACACCUUCAACGCCGGUCGCUACGUCGUUCAGAGUAAACUCGGUUGGGGCCAUUUCUCCACUGUCUGGCUCGCUUGGGACACCAAACAUUCUAGAUACGUGGCUUUGAAAGUUCAGAAGAGUGCUCAGCACUACACCGAGGCGGCCAUGGAUGAGAUAAAAAUUUUGCAGCAGAUUGCGGAGGGAGAUCCUGAUGAUAAGAAAUGUGUGGUGAAGCUUUUGGACCAUUUCAAGCAUUCUGGUCCCAAUGGGCAGCAUGUUUGCAUGGUGUUUGAGUACCUUGGGGACAAUCUUUUGACUCUUAUUAAGUACUCAGAUUAUCGAGGGUUGCCUAUUGCCAUGGUUAAGGAGAUUUGCUUUCAUAUUCUGGUUGGAUUGGAUUACUUGCACAAGCAGCUUUCUAUCAUACAUACUGACUUGAAGCCCGAAAACAUCCUGCUCUUGUCGACAAUUGAUCCGUCUAAGGAUCCUAGGAAGUCUGGUGCACAGCUUAUUCUUCCGGAUAGUAAAGAUAAGAUGGCACUGGAGUCAGCAGGGGUGAAAGAUAUGAAGACGUUGAAUGGGGAUUUGAUUAAGAAUCAUAAAAAAAAGAUUAAGAGAAAAGCUAAGCAAGCAGCCCAUGGAUGUGUUGAAAAGGAAGCUUCUGAAGGAGUUGAGGGUAAUGCUGAAACCUCUGGGGCUGUGGAGUUGUCUCCCAAUGCGAGUUCUGCAAGAGAACAGGCUUCUAGUUCUGCAGGAACUAGUCGGUUAUCCGAUGCUGAUGCAACAAAGUUGAAAGAGCAGGGUAACAAAAGAGGAAGCCGCUCUAUGAGACAGAAGCUGCUGGCAUUGGUUGAUCUCAAGUGCAAGUUAGUGGACUUUGGUAAUGCCUGCUGGACAUAUAAACAGUUUACUAAUGAUAUUCAGACAAGACAGUAUCGGUGCCCGGAGGUGAUCCUUGGGUCAAAAUAUUCUACGUCUGCAGAUCUUUGGUCUUUUGCUUGCAUUUGUUUUGAGCUUGCAACUGGAGAUGUGUUAUUUGAUCCUCACAGUGGUGAGAACUUUGAUAGGGAUGAGGACCACUUAGCAUUAAUGAUGGAACUUCUUGGAAUGAUGCCACGUAAGAUAGCACUUGGUGGCCGUUAUUCCCGUGAUUUCUUUAAUAGAUAUGGUGACUUAAGGCACAUCCGGCGGUUGCGAUUCUGGCCCUUGAAUAAAGUCCUCGUGGAGAAGUAUGACUUCAGUGAGAAAGAUGCAAAUGAUAUGACAGACUUUUUGGUUCCCAUCCUUGACUUUGUUCCUGAGAAGCGGCCAACAGCUGGUCAGUGCCUUCUCCAUCCAUGGAUGAAUGCUGGUCCACGCCUUUUGCAGCCAUCUAUGCCUUCUAAUCACAACCCUGCUGCUGAAACUUCUGCUUCGGAUCAGAAGAAAAGGGACAAAGAUGAGAGGGAGGCCAUGGAGGCAGGAAUGGGAAAUAUUGUUAUCAAUUCAGAUUCAAAACCACUAAUGCAUUCUCCAUCAAAGAAAGUCUUCCAAGGCAGCAGCCUGAAGUAGUUCAUCUGGCAGGAGCUCUUUCCCGUGUGACAGUUAGUAUGUUCUUAGCGUGCCCCUGUACAUUUCCCUCAUUCAUUGAUGUUCUUGGGAAUUGUUUUGGGAGCAUGUUCGUUUAGCCUUUGGUUGGUUUCCAGAACUGCUGGUUUGGAUGGGGUAGGACUUGAUUGAAGCCGGGUGCCAGCUAAAUCCUUUCAGGUCUUCCACAACUCACUACUAAGAAUACCAUUAUGAUAUACUCUGUGCCUUGUUUCUCAUGCUUACGAUAGGUCAAAGAUGCCUUUGUCAAUUGGUACCAUCGACUUGUUUGUGAACAGUGUUCAUUAUCAUGUACUCUUAUGCUGAAUGAUAUUAUUAUAAACAUGUUUCAAGUCAUUCUUCGAUUUUUGGUCUUUGGGUUCUGUGUCCUGUUUCUUCUCUUAGUAAUUUCAUUUUUAAUUUUAUAGUAACAAGAAUGUUGAAAUCAAUGGUGGAUUUGUUUCUUGUA